GUCGCCUACCAAAACAUCGAGCCUUCUAUCCGGCCAGGUACCGGGCCGAGCGACCACUUCUAUCAUCACCAGUCCUAUCAGCCCCAGCCCGCAAAGCUGAAACGAUCGAUCGAUCAAAAACCUACCUAGGAACUCCAUGGCCGCCGCAGACACAAUGCUUCCUCAAGCGUCAUCCUCUUCCCCCUCACGUUCCGCCUCAUCUUCGGUCUCGUCAAACCAGAACAAGCGUCGCCAUCUCAGCGACGGCGAUAUCCCAGGCAACUCCAACAAGAAGCAGCGCACCACAGGAACCUCCAAUAUCCAGCAGACAACAUCACUGCAAAGUAACCACCAGCACCAGAGCAACACCACCGCCGGCGUUGUAACCCCGGCCUUCCAACCAUACGAGUCCCUCCUCGCCAAGCUCCGGCCCAGAUAUGAAGUCAAAACCAUGAGCGUCAUGCCCUCGACCAGCAUCGCCAAGCACGUCGACAAAGCGCUGCAACACCUCGACCGCUUCAACCUGUGGGACCAAUCUGUGCUUCCCGGUGUGGUGCUCCUCUCCGCUAAGCCGGUAGCUUCGAGCAAGCUUGUCACCAUUGCCGAGCUGGUGCGACGAAGGAUCGGCGAGGGGGAGCAAAAGUGGUUUCAGUAUAAUGUUCUGACGGAGACGGAAGAGGAAGAGGUGGUUGAUGCUGGUGCUGGUGCUGGUGCUGGUGGGAUGGAGGUGGUGGAGGAUACGGUUAUGGACUUGACCAAGGAUGGCGAUGAUGACGACGGAGAGGAGGAGGAGGCAUUUGAGACGAUGGGUGGUCAUCACAACAACAGCAAUCAGAGACAAGAACAACAACAUGGAGGAGGAGGAGGAGGCCGGGGACCACACCACCAACAACAGACGGUUUUCGAAAGAGCUAUUGAGCCACCCAAGAUUCGACACAACAAGUACGUGAGCGUGUUUUUGUCGAGGAUCCCCAUCGAGGAGUUGAGGACGAUGCGGAAUAUUGCUGUGCAGAGCAACGAGCAGCAUAUUGAGCAUCUGAAAAAGAAGAGGGUUGGCUUGGUGGCUUAAGACUUGCAGCCCGGCUGUCCAUUUGAGGAAUGGAAAGGAGGCUCGUAGGAAGAGCUAUGCAUUUAUCAAGAUGGCGGAUAUUGCCUGUCACUCGGUUGGGGCACUAUCAUGGAGUUCAGGAGCAUAAUG